AUGUCUGCAACUGGAGCCAAAAAAGUGAACAUGGCCACCAAGUGCGACCAACUGAUUCCUGUUGCAUGUAAAUCGUGUCCCUGUGGUUACAUAUUUAUUAGCAGAAAACUACUAAGUGCAAAACAUUCAGAGAAAUCACCACCGUCUACAGAAGAGAGAGGAAAACAGGAAAAGGAAAUUGACAUCUAUGCUAACCUCUCUGAUGAGAAGGCUUUUGUGUUUUCAGUUGCCUUGGCAGGAAUAAAUAGAAAAACUAUCAAUCAAAGACUUAUUCUCUGA